AUGAUCCUACCCCAACUUAAUCAUGAACAGAUCCUUCAGAUCUUCGAACAGUUGCCUGUCAAUUUGCAAAGAUCAGAUUAUCUUCUCGUGGGCUGUGACAAUGCUGACAACUGGCUGAAUUUACUGUCGACUCUCUGGAAACUGGGCUUUCCCAAUAUUCUGAUCUAUAAUAGCACCCAAUCAGUAGAGGGUGUAUUUUAUACCAGCGAUUCAUUUCCUCAACAGCGAUUAAUAUUAAGUAGCAUUGAUCAUUAUUUGUGGGCACGUCGUCAUUGGUUCGACAAUCUGAAGGGUUGGGAGGUGCGAGUGGGAUUAUACAAUAAUCCGCCAAGAACUCUGGUCUAUCCGGAAAAACAAAUCUUUGAUGGCUAUGCACUGAUGUUACUACGAGAAUUCCUUUCUUAUAGAGGUGCAAAAUUUAUACCCAUGUUGACUCCCAACUAUAAGGUUUAUUCUCCCAACGAUUGUCUAGAUCUAAUGCGAUCAAAUAAGUGCGAUUUGUGUGGGGAUUUGUUUGCCUUCAGCAAUAAAUUUAGCUACACCUAUAGCUUUAUGUACUUGUAUUGCAAUAUUUUAAUACCCACAUCACAGCCCAUAUCCAAAAACUAUUAUAUUUCCGCUCCAUUAGAGUUGAAGACUUGGCUUCUUGUAGGAUUCUAUGUGGUUUUUAUCUGCAGUUUCGCCAGCUUUACCGGUUGGUUGCAACAUGGUCGCUUUGAGUUUGGAAAUCUUCUGCUCCAGAUAUUUGGUAGCUUACUCUCUGUAGGGUUUAAAUUUCGCCAAGUUCUAGGCAGAUUGCACUAUAUUCUAUUUACCAUCAUUGCAUUGGGGGGCUUAAUUUGCUCCACAUACUAUCUGGCAUUCCUGAAGACCAUUCUGGCAACGGGUCUGUAUGAACCACAGAUCGACAGCUUUGAGGAACUCGUCAGGCAGAAUAUCAGUCUCAUUGUUGGGGACUACGACAAGACGGUGCUUAAGCUGUACGAUUUUCCGGACAUUCUAUGGAACAUAACACAAGUGGUGCCCUACGAUUUUAUCGUGUCGCAUCGUCGUGUCUUUGACACCAACUACACUUACUUGGCACACAGCGAUCGCCUCGUUCUCUUCAGUUUCCAACAACAAUACAUGGCAAAACCUCGAAUGCGUCCUCUGCCCAUCGAUAUAAUGCAUUCCUUGCCAGGAUUUCCCAUGCGUCGGGAGUGGUUACUCAAGUUUAAGCUCAGCGAGACGCUCCUCAACUGUUUUGGCAGUGGACUUAUGCAAAAACUGGCAGCCGAUACCAACCGACAGACCAUACACAUUGGAUACUUAAGUCUUAUACCCUCGGAGCAGUACGAGGCACGACCUCUGACAUUGGACUACUUUGCCAUGCCACUAAAAAUACUUACUACGGGCAGUGGUUUGGCUUUUGUCUGCUUUCUAGGCGAAUUACUCUGGCGUUUAUUGAAGAUAAAACGGAGAAAUGUGUAA